AAAUAGGUGCAUAUUUUGCAUGGCUUAAUGCCAUUUACGUACUAGCUGAAAUCACUAAGGAGAGAAAAGAGAAAAAAUAUAUAUAGUGAUUUCACAACAAUGGCAUCUAUGGCAAAGAUUUGGAGUCGAGCUAGACCGUACGUAGCCGUCAUCUUUAUGCAAUUUGGGAUCGCCGGGCUAGCUAUAAUAGCUAAGUCUGCCCUUAACAAUGGAAUGAGUAAUUACUCGUUCGUUGUUUAUAGGCAAGCUGUUGCCGCCAUUGUCAUCUCUCCAUUCGCCUUUGUACUCGAAAGGAAGGUAAGGCCGCAAAUGACCCUCUCCAUUUUCAUCAAGAUUCUAGGUCUUGGUUUGCUAGAGCCAGUAAUUGAUCAAAACCUCUACUAUGCGGGGAUGAAGUACACAACAGCUACAUUUGUUAGUGCAUUAAGCAACACCGUCCCAGCCCUAACGUUUCUACUAGCCUGGAUUUUUAGGCUCGAAGUAGUGAAUAAGAAAGUUCAAAGUUUAGCGAAGGUGGGUGGAACGAUAGUGACGAUUGGAGGUGCAACAAUAAUGACUCUUGUUAAAGGUCCAGGGCUUAAAAUGCCAUGGAAUAACGGAAGUUACAAUCAUCAUGUUGUUAAGACUGUUUAUCAUCAAGAUCCUAUUAAGGGUGCUCUUAUGAUCACUUCUGGUUGUAUGGGUUGGGCAGGCUUUGUUAUUCUACAAGCUAUAACAUUGAAAUCAUACCCAGCAGAGAUGUCCCUAACGGCAUUGAUGUGUUUUGCGGGUGCAAUAGAAGGUACUCUUGUAGCUUUUUUUGCCGAACGAAACACUUCCAUUUGGGCACUUCAUUGGGAUUCCAAGUUAUUUGCCUAUAUCUACAGUGGGGUUAUUUGUUCAGGAAUUGGAUUUUAUUUACAAGGGAAAAUAAUGAAGGAAAAAGGACCGGUUUUUGUGACCGCUUUUAAUCCUUUAAGUAUGGUUAUCGUCGCCUUCCUUGGCUCCUUUGUUCUAGCUGAACAACUCACUUUGGGGAGGAUAGCCGGAGCAAUUGUAAUAGUUACGGGUUUGUACAUAGUGAUAUGGGGGAAAAGCAAAGAUGAAAAAGAAAAAGAGCAAAUUUUACCAAUUAUUGAAUCACCAGACUCCACAGUAAACACAAUUAGAGAUGAUGCAAACGUUGGUUAUGAUCUCGGUAUCAUAAAAGAGACUCCUAAUAAUGAAGCUUAGAAGAUGAUUAAGACUCGCGGCAUGACACCAUAAUUUUUGUGGUUUUUUUCCUUUCUUUAUAUGUUUGGUAUACUUAUAUUUUUCUGUUUUUCGUAGUUUUCAGGACUAUGUUAUGUAACUAGUGAUAAAAAUUUUGUUAAUCCAUAUCAAUAUUAAACUUAUUUGCUC